AUGAAAAAAUAAAUUUUAUUAACUUUAGCUUUUUAUCUUUUGCUUAUAGCAAAUGCAAGUGAUAACGAUGAUGAUUGCAGUUUUACUGUUGACUAAUUGAAUAAUUAGAUCUUAAAGCCAGAUUCAACAGAUUGUUAAAAUUGUUUCACUUCUGACGUCACUAUGUCAAUUUAAGCUGAUUCUUAAUAAAUAACAUCUAUUACAUUAACUGCUAAUGAUAAAAGCUCUCCUCUCCAAUAAUUAAAUUUAUAACCAGCAGAAAAAUCUCUAACAAUUGAUACAAGUUUUAGGUUGCAAGGCCAAAAUAUGUUAUAUGGAUAUAAUUUUAUGAAUUUAUGCGCAACUUCAAAAGUAAAUGGAAAAUUAACCUAUGUACUAGGAUUUUAAGCAAAAGUUUAAAAUACUUACUAGACUUUUUUUUUGAGUAGUGAAGGAGUAGUUUUAAAUUUAAGUUAUUUAAUCUUAGCUUUAUGCUCUAUAUUGCUUUUUGUUUGA